UAAUUCUUCUUUUUUUUUUCAUUUUCAAAAAAUGUCCGCCAUUACUGUCUUUUUUUACCUCCUUACUCUAUUUCUCUCCGCCACUGUCUCUGCUCUCCCUGCAACUAAAACCGCCGGUUAUCCCCGUCGGCACUUACUCCAUCACCCUCUGUACACUGUGGUUACCUCUCCUCAAACUCAAACUCAAACUCAGGCUCCCAUUCAAGCGCCAUCUUCAUCUCCAGCAGCUUCUCCUCAUCUUCAACCCCAAACUCCACCCCAACAGCAACCCAAGUUCCCAUUUUCCACAACUCCAAACACUCCACAGAAACCCUUUUUCCCAUCCUACCCAUCUCCGCCUCCUCCUCCGCCAUCCGCCUUCCUCGCCACCUUCCCGGCCAACAUCUCCUCCCUCCUGUUCCCCAAUCAACAUGCCUCCUCCCCUUCCCACCACCGCCGCGUCAUCCUCAUCGCCGUCUCCACCUCCCUCCUCUCCGCCGCUCUCCUCGUCUUCCUCCUCGUCGGCAUCCUGUUCUUCAAGCACCGUCAUCACCCAUCCACCACCACCACGAUUGACAAGUCCUCGAGGUCAGACUCCCUCCGCCUGUUUCCUCCAAAUACAGCUCCCUCCGACGGGUCCCAUUACCACAAACAACCGCCUCGCUACACCUCGGCGAACACCAGCUCAGAGUUUCUUUAUCUGGGCACCUUAGCGAACUCGCACGGCGGAAUAGACCAAGAGACUAUAGCGAAUUCAAGCAAUGUUGGUAUUAAAAUCGGCGUAUCUCCUGCUUCUGGGUAUCAGAAACUGGGUUCUCCUGAGUUGAGACCGCUUCCGCCUUUACCAAGAUACAAUGUGUUCCCGCCGAAUUAUCAAAGUGGGGAGCAGUUUAAUCCGAGUAGCGACUUGGGUGGUUGCGAAGAUAAGGUAGACGAUGGGGAGGAUGAAGAGUUCUUUUCUCCCCGAGGAUCUUCUGCACGUAAAGAUAGCCCGACCCGGAUUGGGACCGGGUCGAGUUCGAGGAGAGAGUUUCAGGGAAUUGGUGGAGUUAAUUUCGGUAGCAGAAGUUUCAAUUCAAGAACUGCAUCUUACCCAUAUUCUAAUUCAUGUUCUCCAGCGAAUUCAAUCUCAACAAAUGCAUCUACGAGUCCCGGGAGCUUGAAAUCGAAGUCCCCAGAUUCAGUCGUCAAUUUCUUCAAGCCGGAAAAUCAGUCUCCGGUGUCCAUUUCUCCGUCUUCUUCGUCCUCAGGGCAUACCCAGGACUCACGUGAAAGGAUUUCGAGUUUCCCAUGGCAGACCAAACAGACCCCAGGAAGAAAUGAACGCGUUUCUAAUCAGUUUGUACCCAAAAAGCUGCCGCCACCACCUCCACCUCCUCCUCCGCCGAAGUUUUGGGAGAUUCCGGUGGCUUCAAGGACAGCAAAUGAGCUGGGGCCUCCGCUUUUUGUUAUGCCGUCAAAGUCGGUUGUGUUUCCGAAUUCGGAGCUAAAAGAAAAUGGGAGUUUGGAACAGAAUGAGGAGAUCCUUAAGCCAAAGCUAAAGCCUUUGCAUUGGGAUAAAGUCAGAGCUAGUUCUGAUCGGGCAAUGGUGUGGGAUCAGAUUAAAGCCAGCUCCUUUCAGUGA